GCGCUGCGUAGCCCAAGUGCCCAACAGGCCUCGUCAACAACGUGAUAUCAAUUGCAAGAAAUUACACUCAAAUCAGAUUAGAGUCGAGAUUCCUUUUGAAUUUCCUCAUUACUGUUGGUGUCAUUUGGUCGACAGAAUAAUGCAGUCUACAAGGAGAACUUUAACAUUCGUGACUGGAAAUAAGAACAAACUUGAAGAGGUUAGAGCAAUCAUUGGAAAGAAUUUUGAUGUCCAGUCAGUAGCUAUUGAUUUACCAGAAUUUCAGGGUGAACCAGAUGAUAUCUCCAAAUCAAAAUGCCUAGAAGCUGUCAAACAUAUUAAAGGCCCUGUCAUUGUUGAAGAUACUUGUCUCUGUUUCAAUGCUCUUGGUGGGAUGCCAGGCCCUUAUAUAAAAUGGUUUCUUAGCAACUUAGGACCAUCAGGGUUGCAUAGGUUACUGGCGGGCUGGGAGGACAAAUCUGCGUAUGCUCUCUGCACAUUUGCAUAUUCUACAGGCGAUCCAUCGAAGUCAGUCCAGCUGUUUCACGGGAAGACAGAGGGUAGGAUAGUUGAACCAAGAGGGCCACCAAAUUUCGGCUGGGAUCCUUGUUUUCAACCAGAUGGAUAUGAUCAAACGUAUGCUGAGAUGCCAAACGAGGAGAAGAAUAAGAUUUCUCAUCGGAGCAAGGCCUUGGAUUCAUUGUCUCAAUUCUUCCUUCACCCCCAGCAGACAUGACACCAAUCUACUACUGUAGAUAGGUUUAUACUCACUCGGUCCACAAGCAGGCAGUUGGUCUAUUUCUUAGAUGUAAUCUAGUAAAGUCAAAUUUGUCUACUAAUGCUAGGCAAAGGAAACAGAAACAGGAGCCACCACAGAAAGGUUUGUCCUGUAAUCAAAAUACAAAUAGUGUAUCCACAGAGCUGCCAACCAGUACGUUUUUGGCGUAUUUAGUAAGUUUUUGCAACCAAAAUACGACAGUACAUUUUUUCUUUAAAAAAUACGAUUAAGAAAAAAAAUCUUAUACAAAUAUGGUUAUUGGAUCAAUGUAAUUUCAGGUAACUUGUUUUUUUCAUUCCCAGAGGUUGGCAGGUCUGUAUCCACAGAGUAAGAUAGUGAAUACUGGUAUAUGGAUAUGCAAUGGUACCCAGGCCCCCAUUGCACCCUAUUUUAGGAUGCUAAUAAUCUCAAGUUGCAGUUUCAUAAAAUCUGAACUGCCUCUUGCAAAACAAGAAAACAUGGGCCAGUAUGGUGAGCAGAAGAAUAGUCAGCUAAUAGGGAGUCAAAGGACCUGUAUUGUAAAUCUGAAGUUACCAGAUAGGGUCAAGAAGGCAUUAUAUUAUAUGUGAUGUGUGUGAUAGUGUGAUGUUUAAGCUUGAAUGGUGGAUUUGUAAUUAUUAUCACCCUGGUCAUAGGAUCCAUCACUGUUCCACACAUAAAGUGCACCAUCUCCACUCCCUGGGGAGUAUCCUGGCCAGGCAACUAUCUUUUAUUGGUGCACACAAUGAUGCUAAUCUGAUAAAAGUGCCUUGCCAAAGGAAAUUAGUGCUGGUAGGGAUUUGAACCCUUGACCCUAGGUUUAAAGGGGAAGUUCACCCUGACAAAAAGUUUAUUGUAAAAAUAGCAGAAAAAAAAAGAAAAUAUUGCUGAAGGUUUGAGAAAAAUCCAUCAAAGAAUUCAAAAGUUAUUAGAAUUUUAAUUCUUUGAUUUGUGACAUCAUAUGUGAGCAAAGCAAAUGGUAAAAUAUCAAUGAAAUGUCAUUUUCUCAGAAUAUUGAAAAAUGUUUUUUACUGUACCCUUUGUAUAUCAAUAGACAAAUCAUUUCACAUCCGAUCAUGAAAAGAAAGCAAAAAUAAGUAAGUCAUCAGGAACCAUUAACAAAAAUAAAAUUCAUGCAUUUUAUAGUACAUAUUAUAUGGGGCAGCUGCUCGUUUAUGACGUCACAAAUCAAAAAGUUAAAAUUCUAAUAACUUUCUUGAUGGAUUUUCCUCAAACAUUCACCAAUAGUUUUUUAUUAUUUUUUCUACUAUUUUUACAACAGACUUUUCUUCAGGGUGAACUUCCCUUUUAAGAGUCAAGCGACUGAACCACUACACCAUUACACCGUGGUGUAGUGGUAUUUAUUUGAUAACUGUUUUUUUUUUUAAUAGUCAACUAUCUUGAAUAUUUGCAGAAUGCUUGAUUUGAGUACAAGUUCAUGAAAAGAAUGCUUAUUGUUAAACAUUUUUGCAAAAAUUUGGAAUGACCAUGCAUACAUGAUGCAAAUAUUCAGUGACAAAAGUAGGAUAUCCUUCUAUUUCACAUCUCAAAAAUAAUUAGCAAAAAUCACUAGAUAGAAAUUUGAUGAGCAAACUAAUUUGUUAGUAUAUUCAACUACAAAAAAUAAUAAAUGGAAUGGAACCUUCAUACAACUGUAUGAAAUUCUUAGCUUUUCUUAUUUGUAGGCCCAAUUCUAUGAAUUAUUAAAAAAUCAUACAUGUUUACAUUUGUUUUUAUGAUACAUAGAAUAAAAAGAAACCAUUUUUCAUUU